AUGGCCCCUGCUCAUAGAUCCACGAGCUCUGGACAGCCGCCGGAUAUGCCACCUAAAGAACGACUCAAGAAGCGCAACAACAUACAAUCAGGUGUUUUGCGCACCGAUGAAGAGGAAAGGGAGUACAAGAGAUCGCGUCUCUCUUCUCAUAUCAGUGGCUAUUCGAAAUAUGUCCGAGCCCCGCAAGACUACUACGAGCGUGGAACAACGACUUCCAACAACGGUACGAGCGGAGGCGAUCCCUACACGAUCUAUGGCUCCAUGGAUGAGAGUUCCCAACGCAACACACCAGUCGAGCCCCCAAGACACAACCCUCAGCCUACCUCGCACUAUCGCCAGAAGGUUCCCGAAAACAUCGUGGCAGGUUUGGGCAACUCGAUCCUCACUCGCCGGCCUUUCCAAGAAGAAAGUGAUUCGAGCGACAACAGUGGUCCAGACGAAGCCGCUGUCCAAGAGGAAGACAAGUAUGAUACUCCACCUCUGUUCGUUUAUAGCAGUGAGAGUACGGGCGCCUCGAAUAUCCCACAGCAGCACAACUACAGAGAAGCAAGCAACAUCCAUUCCGACAGCACAUCUCAGAUUUAUCAGCGUGAUCAACAAUCACUUCAACCUCCGUACUCUAUUCACUCUGGUCCUGGACACUUGUACGAUAAUUUGCCUCGUCAACAGCCUGCACUUGCAUCGCUCCGGCAGCCUAACACAGGACAGCAUCAAUCUCAAUCAGUACUAGGUCGUCAGCCUCGUUUUAUUGUUCCAGAACAACACGAGCAAAACGCGUCUCACCACGAACAAGCCAGAUUUACUUAUACUACUUUCGAAGAUAAUGAGAAGCACAGUCAGCGACGAAAACACCACAGGCAGUCGCAGCCAGGAGCAGAAGAUACCCGGGAAGCGAUCCCGGUACACCAUCGCGACGAAACGACCCGGGCACAACACGAGGUGAACAACACUCACACUGACGCGCUCAGUUCUCCAGCAGUUGCGUCGAGACAGAAACGUGCAAACAAGCACUCGCAGCUCCCGGGAUUGGAUCGAACUGCUGUGCCUGGUACUCGUCCCAAGCACUCCUCUAUACCAGAUGGCUUCAAACACCACAAGGACAUACUGAGUACGGUCAAGCCUCGCAAGAAUCGCAUCGACAAGCCGCAACCUCGUCAAUUUCAAGAAGACAUUGACUACCCGCCGCCAGAGCCAAGUCUCUACACCCAAACCACUAACAUCGCUCAACCUGCAAGACCGCAGUUCGUUUCUCCUCUGGAUUUAAUUCAGGAUUCUGUGCAACAUCAUGAUUCUCCACCAGCUGUGCCGUCUGUUUCUACACAAUCCAGCUCCAAUCAAGCACUAGUCAGCAGAAUUCCCAGAGAGCAUUUGAUGAAUUUCAUGCCUGAUGACUUCGACAAUCGAGUCUGGGAAUACAUGCACAGAAAAGAGCAGCCCAUGGACUGGCAUGGGGUAGUGGAGAUUUUGCAGCUUACGCAGACGCCUUAUGAGCUUGAGAGUCUCAAGGCCAGACAGCGACUUUACGCGGCAAAGCUUGCUCUUAAGCUACAGGAGAGAGCUACAGUGUCGGCAGAAGCACUGCGUAUGCAAGGCAUUGUGUCUCUUGAGAAUGAGAACCAUCAGAGACCUGCAGCACCAACCGCCAAAAGACCUGUUCCGCCAGCUAUAACAGCUCCAACAUCCGCUUCAGCUACACCAUUGGUACUAGCUCCAGUUGUGCCAGCUCCUCAAAUCAGACUCCCAGAAGCGAAACGCCUCGCCGGCCAACUAGAGCAAGAACGACUUGCCUGGGCAACAAAGGAAGCUGCCUGGACGACAAGAGAAGCAGAGCUGCAACAGCGCAUCAAGACCUUCGAAGAAGACUCGGCUGCCAGAACCAUCGAGCGUGCCGAACACGAAAAGCAACUCAAACUCAAAACCGAAGUGGAGGAAAAGUAUCAGAAGCUAAAGGCCGAGGCCCAGACUCACAAGGAGAGCUUGAGAGACGAAAAGGCUUUGCGUGUCAAGGCUGAGCGUGAUUUGAAAGCUGCCCAGUCUGAUGUUCAUAGACGUGCUCUUGCUCAAGCUGCCUCUGCAAGAAAGACUGAGGUCACCACUGCAGGAAAGAUUGGCAAAGCCACUGGCGGUGGCUUUACGUUUUCGAAAGAUGGCGAGGAUGAAGAUGGUGGAGACGAUGAUGUUUACGACGAAGGGGUGAAGAAGACGCCCACCAAGCGCAGAAAGUCUCGAAAGAGCAGCGAUCUCAGAGAAGACGGUCAUCCACACACCGGAGGCAAAUCUUUACCACCGGCUGCCAUCCAAGCUCUCUACAAACACCUCAACAACUGCAAAGACGAAGAAGAAGCUGAAGAGCCGCCAGAGGCCAUCCAAGAAGAAGACCUUACGUACUUUGUCUACACCGUGUGUCGCAAACAAUGGCCAAUCACUGGACAAGAACCAGAUAACGACUCCGCCGUCGUCUGCGGCGACUACACUUACCUCAACGCCGCCAACGUAGCCGUCACAAACGAAAUCUUGCGUCCUCAUGGCACCUCUUCAGCCAUAAAGAUCGAUCCCGAGGGAGAACGAAGCCUGCACCAAGGCAUGGGCGAGCACAAAAUGGCUUGGGCUCAACUCGACGUGCCCCAAGGCCACGUCAAAGUCUGGGUGCAGAGACAAUUGCACACCGAAUUCGUGGGCGAGCUGCCACUCUUCGAAGACAAAGGUAUACUGUCCAAGACUGUGUUUGCAGUCAGACAGCAAACCUUUGUUGCAACAGCAACAGCAACAUCAAUUGCUGCACCUCCUUCCUCCACUACCAUCCAAGAAGACGACGAAAUCUACACCACAUUCGACCUCGCAAACAUCAAAGCCAACGAAAAAGUGUUCAAACUGCUUUGGCCAGAAGGAACCCAAUCCUCACGCAUCGAUGCCGUAAAAGCCAGAGAAGAAGCAAGAAAACAGCGGAAACAAAGACUGGAAGACUUGGAAGAUCAUGGUGAACUAUUCACCGAAGAGAUCAAUAAUGAAGACGGAAGUUGCGUCAAGGUUUGGGUUAUACAGAAGACGGUUAUUGGACCCAGAAAUUGA